CUUCAGUAUGCCUUUGUUACUGCUAGAGAACAGGCGAUUUUGUUCGAACGAUGUCUUUACCAACCACUGAACAGCUUCAGUGCUGGGAAAACAAUGAGGAAAUUAAGAUAUUUCGUGAAUACCUCAGGAUUCCCAGCGUGCACCCGGAUAUUGAUUACGAUGAGUGCAUCUCCUUCCUGCGUCGCCAAGCAACCACCCUGAAUCUACCCAUGGAAGUGUACGAGGUUAACCCCAAGAAACCAGUCGUAAUCAUCACCUGGCAAGGUACCGACCCUUCAGCGACCUCCAUAAUCCUCAACUCUCACAUGGACGUGGUCCCGGUCUACCCGGAACACUGGACACACCCCCCAUUUUCGGCGCACCUCGACGGCGAAGGUCGACUCCACGCCCGCGGCGCGCAGGACAUGAAGUGCGUCGGAGUGCAGUAUCUGGGCGCGAUUCGUGCGCUGAAGCGGGAGGGAGUUCGUCUGAAGAGAACACUUCAUGUGUUGUUCGUUCCGGACGAGGAGACCGGCGGUGUGCUGGGGAUGAAGGACUUUGUUAGGACGGAGAGGUUUCGCGAGCUGAACUGUGGCUUUGCGCUGGAUGAAGGGGAUGUCGCGGAGGACGAGUGCUUGAGGGUGUUCUACGGUGAACGGAUUAAGAGACGUGUCUACUUCCACAUAUCCGGUACUCCAGGCCAUGGAUCGCUUCUACUGAAGGAUACAGCUGGCGAAAAAGCUCGAAAGCUGAUCGAUAAACUGAUGGACCUUCGCAGCAGUGAAGCCCGAAAGCUUGCGGACAAUCCGGAACUCACGGAAGGGGACAUUACCACCGUGAAUCUCACCAUGAUGCAGGGAGGAGUUCAAAGUGACGUCGUCCCUCCGGAGAUGAUGAUCUGUUUUGAUAUACGGGCAACGCCGAACAGAUCCGUGGCGGAGUUCGAAUCUCAGCUGGAAGCGUGGUGUGAGGAGUCCGGAGGAGGGAUUCAAAUUGAUUACGGGGAUAAGGAUCCCGUUGUAGAGCCGACGAAGCUUGAUGGAUCGAAUCCGUUUUGGGGACCUUUUAGGGAUGCUCUGAGUGACACGAAUCUCAAGGUUACGACGGAGAUAAUGUCGGGGAAUACGGAUAUUCUGUUUGUUAGAGAGUUGGGAAUACCUGCAUUUGGAUUCUCUCCCAUAUACAAUACCCAACUGUUAUACCAUGAUCACAACGAGUACUUGCAUGCUGAGGUAUUCCUCAAAGGUAUCGACAUCUACAGAAAGGUUAUCAAGGCGGUAGCGUAUGCUUGAAUCUAGUUGUUAAUCCAAAGACUUUCGCUGAACUUGUCUCUUCAGAACAUUAAAUAAAAUCUUCAAG